UUUCCAAACUAUCUUUUGGGAGAAGCAAAACAACCAAAGUGGGCUGAGAGUACGCAUUGAGAAAGCUCUGCAGGUAUCACCAUACAUUAUAGCAAAGUUGUACAUACAUCACGACGCUUCUGCUUGUUUGCCAACUGUCGUGCUUUUAAUCAACCAACUCGCAUUGAAUCUCGACGGGGCUUGCUACUUACCUACUGGCUUAUCAAAACGGGAAGCAGCACACCAUCAAUCACAUCAACAACGGCCAGGCAGCUUUCUUACGGAUAGCUCCCCGACCCACACACACACAAGAGACACACAUAGCAGACGCACAAAGUACAUAGAGACACGCCGAUAAGAGUGCCGCCACGAACCUGCUUCUGCAACUAUCCAUCACCAAUCAUUGAUAGCAGCCGUGCGACGCUUGAUUGCUUCUGCUACUUUUACUGCCAGGGUCCCACCAACCAGGAUCUUUGCGUCUUCUUCUGUCCACGGACAACUUCGCCAGUAUUAGCUCCGCGCUUGAGUUCGGUCACAAACACCCCAAUACCGUGAAUUACCUUGACGUACCCGGCACUUUUUUUUUUCGUCUCUUCUAUCUUGCUUGAACAUCUUUGUUCUCCGUUCUUCAACUCCUCUCUUCAUAUCAUCACAAACUCCAUAGGCACAAUGGCUUCACCUCAGGUUAACGGCGAGGUUCCCCACUCGGCCUUUUUUGAUCAUCUUGCCCAAUACCCCGUAGUCAACGAUGGCAUCGAGGUAUUCAAGAAGAACCCUUACGGCCAGCGCAGCAUAAAUGUUACCGACAUGGUGUACAAGCGGGUCGCCAAGCCUGUGAUCCCUUACCUGUCGAGGCCGUACCAGUAUGUCAGCCCAUACGUCAAGAAGGUUGACGACAUUGGUGACAAGACGCUCGCCCGAGUCGACAAGACAUUCCCCGCCGUCAAGAAGCCCACAGCAGACCUCUAUGCCGAUGUGUCGAACCUUGUGACUUUGCCUCUCCGCAAGACAAUUGAGGGCAAGGACCACGUCGUCACUACGUACAGCCAGGAGUAUAAGAGCUUCGUGAACAACUCUGGCAACGAGGGCGGUCUCGUCAUUUACGGCAAGGCACUCUUUGGCACUGCCCUGAUCCUUACAGCUGAGUCAAUCAGCUGGGUCAAGCUUUACCUUCACAAGGCAAAGGAGGAUGCCAAGGCUGCCAGUGCCAACAGCAACAACAGCAACUAAGCUUACCCAUCAUGACUCGUGGGCUAGCUACCCAUAAAGCCCAGUAGUGUGCGGUCCAACGUCUGUCGAGGCUAUGGUAUAUUGAGCGGAAACAAAUCUGGUACAGCCCGAUCUUAGCCGAUCGGACCGAGAACAGCGGCCGUGUCAUCGAAUCGGUAUACCAUAAAGACCGAUCCGAAUAAAAUAACCACCAAACUUUUUUCACCAGCACUUCCUAGGAUCCUUUAGGAGGCCGGUUUUCACUCGAGUCUUGGAACGAUGGACACUUGAGUGUAUGACACACUUGUGUGGCCACUGGGCGUGGGACUCUGGGAACAAUCGCGUUAUCGUUGUUGCACUCCUUGGCUUGGUCUGCUUUGGCAGCAAAUCAAACUGCUGGCGGUCCAGUCACGAUUAUAUUUGUUUACGGCACAUCGCCAAGGAAUUCCAUCCGCGAGAAAAUCAAGAUUGGAGAGGGGCUUCAUACCCAUGUAUGCUUGUCAAAAAGACGGUCGAUUGGUUUUGUUUUAACACCAUUUCUUUGCACUGUUAUAGCUUUGAUUAUUCAAGAUUCUUUGUGGAAUUUCAGUGGUUUUUUUUCUUUUGCGAAUAAUUGAUACCGAUGUAAAUGAGCUAAAAGAGUAAUCGUUUGCCUUUUGUUUUUAAC